CAUGUUUACUUUGAGAAAAUCGGGAUGUACGGUCGGGCCUAUGAUAUUUUGUUUGUGCAGGCCGAGGAUAUAGGCCUACUCGAUAUGUGGUGAAAUAAUGUCUAAAGUUCGCACAAAAGGAGUAUUUCGUAUCUCUUUUUCGUAAGCCUUUAAUACACAGGGUAGAUUUCUUGACUGCUGGGAGAUAAGAUGUGAUCUUCUGAAGGACAAUUCAUCUUCUAUUUCUGCGGAUAGUGAAUUCAAUAAUUCAAUAAUUCGUUUGCAUACCUGAACACAGACUUGGUGAGGUAAACAAAUAAAGGUCAACUUUGGUGACGAAGAGAUUAGAAAUGGCGUUUUCAGUGGAAUGUCACAACUGUCACCGACAAUGAGUGGAUGGCUAUGGACUUGAAACCUCUCCAGUCCGUUCCUACUGCACUGACAAAUAUUAUAUAUAUCAGGAGAUGUUUAAUGGUACAGAUACAUUCGUAUGAUUGAGAACCAGUAGAACUAGCCCAGCAUCUGUGGGCCUAUAGAUAAAACGUAACCAAAGUGAAGAAAUUGAAAGAAGGAAUUAAAGUACCCUGCACCGAUUUCGGCCACAAUUCGGCGGAAAGGACAAUGUGGUGGCGAUUUCUAAAGAGGAACUCCAAUUAAAAACACUGGUGAACUGAGAGAGGUGUCGGGGAAAAGUUACAGUGAUUCUUUAAACUUCUCGUUCAACGCCAGGGACAUCAACCAUCUACCAUCAUGCAUUUCUUACUGCAACUCGAGAUGCAAAGUCUGAUGGAGAAACUCAGCCACCCUGCAACAUAUCAUAUUCUCAUCUAUAUUGCUUUCGGUUUUAACCUGAUGCCCGUGGCGUUCCAUCACCUAUUCAUGCUCAUUGCGGCGCGGGAGACGCAGUACUGGUGUCUGGCACCUAAUGGGACCGUGGCAGCCUGGCAAAACGAAUCCAUCGUCAACGCGACUGCACAAGACAGGGAGUGCUAUUUUUACGACGAGGCUACUUUGAAAUCUCGAGGUGAAUGCUCGAAAUGGAUGUACUCUCUCGAAAGGAAAAAUGUCAUUUCAGAGUUCAACCUGGUGUGCAAGGAAUCCUGGCUGCCCGAACUCGCCACCAGCAUCUAUUUCCUCGGAGCAGCAGCUGGGGGCCUGGUUGGCCUCCUAGCAGACGACUUCGGCCGGAAGUUGCUAAUGUUGAUUUGCGUCCUUGCCAGCAUCUUCCUGGGUGUCGGCGUCUACUUUUCACACAUUUACAUCCUCUUUGUGUUGUUCAGGACGAUACAAGGUUUCCUGGCUUCGGGUGCUCAAGUGUGCCUUAUGGUGCUUAUGCUUGAGAGUAUACCAACGCGCAUGCGCAACAAUUGCGCAAGCUUUAUCGGAAUAUUUUGGGUGGCGGGAUUUCUGGUGAUGCUGCUACUCGACUUCCUCAUACAAAACUGGAAGUUUCUGGAGCUGGCUGUGGCGCUACCUAGCGUCUUUGCUCUGGCUGGAGUGUGGUGCCUCCCUGAGUCCGUCUCGUGGAUGGUCAGCAAGUUCAAACUCAAACAAGCCGACCAAGAGCUCAUGAAAAUUGCCAAAUUCAACAAAUUGAUUUGUGAUGACAACCCGUUGUCGACAAUGGUCACCCCUGACAACCCUAACGACCCGAUGACCUUUUCGAUAGAGGACCUAAGGGGAGGGACAAAACUACAGACACCAAGGUUGAGGAGGCAUAAGAUAGUUAUGGUAUUCGUAUGGUUCUGCGUCUGGUUCACCUAUUUCGGUUUAACAUUCAAUCCAGUCCCUGUGACCAACAAUAAGUACUAUGACCUCAUCAUCGACCUGGGCAUGGACUUACCCUUUCUUUGCAUCGCGCCAUUUGCCGUCAUAACGUUCGGUAGUCGGAACACGACGUUUGUUUGCAUGAUCGUAGCGGCAGCCUUCAAUAUCACAGCGGCUCUCAUUCCGGACAUCUCACCGGUCAACCAGGAGACGAUUGGUUGGAUUCGCUACACUUUCGUACUCAUUGGGAAGAUGGUCACAGCGAGUGUGAUGUUCAUGUUGUAUAGAUAUUCGGCCGAGUUGUUUCACACGCAACAGAGGGCAUCUAGUAUUGGAGGUUUCACUAGUGGCGGGGCGGUAGGAGCGGCCGCGGCCAUCCUGAUCCACAAGCUAGUAGUGUCGUCCACGACUGUCCAGUUCCAGUUGGUCUACCUGAUAUACGCAGGUCUUCUCCUCGUUGCAUCUCUUCUUUGUCGCUGCCUCCUCCCGGACACGAACGCACGGAACAACCUACCCGAGACUAUCCAGGACGCAGAAUUCGUCGGGGCAAAACCGCGCCAGAUCCGUCAGGCGAAAUUCAAGGGGGACACAAGCACGAUUGAAGACAACGACACGGCAUAUCUCCAGGAGGACGAUGGGGUCCUAAGCAAUGAUAACUUCUCUUUCGGGAAGCGCGCUCUGGGUAGCGAUGUUGGGAGUGAUAUUGUCGGCUUGUAUUCGAUACGGGAAUUGGGACACCAAGCUGAAGUAGGACAUGAAAUAGCUGGGCCGAGUAGUCGUCGCCUGGAGAACAUUCUCAAUUACGGUACUCCGACUCCUGGUUUUGAAAACCCCGAAUACGGGAAAAUAAAUUACGUUAACCCGGCGUAUGCUACUGAUGAACGAUUGGUUACUGGUGGGGCCAACUACACCCGGAUUGAUGACAUUAUCUUGGCGGACACUAGUGCCUUGCAGGGAAAUGUUAACCCAAAUGAGGGACGGAACACUGAGGGUGACUCUAAGGCAAGCAAGGACACCGUCCAGUUGAACCAGAGUGCAGAUUCUGGGUUUCCCAGCAGCCGCGGACACAAUGGCACACUCCCGAGUAUAAGGGUUAAUUUUGACGAGAAGGGCGAGCAGGACCGCGACCGCAGCUCCAUCUUCGUCGCCACUUCUGAACAGGGAGUGGGGACUGAAUACAGCUCUAUAUUCGUGGAUGCAACUAACGAGGCGGAAUCAGUGUGAAUAGCUCAAUGUUCCGUAAAGGACCAGUCCAUACUCCGGCGCAGAUUGUAUGAGUGUGGUGAGGCGGUCCUAUAAUAUGCCUCAAUAUAUCUGUUUUGGAGAUUGGGACCAGUGGUGAAUCCGUCUGUCUUUCGGCUGUUGUGUACUAUAUAGUGUACUGUCUUCAUUAAGUUUUCGAAAUGCUUAUUCUUUCUGGUAGAGAUUGUUCACUCUGGUUGUGAUGACACAUACUGUGAUAUCAAGGAAAUCCCCUAGACUCACCGUGAUUUAUAUAAUCACAAAUCAUAUUCUGGGGCCUCUGAACAUAAAAUGAACACCCAUGACUCGAUUGUGAGCAUCUAUGUCCAAGCACCAUGGUUCAGGUAGGUCGAUCGUGGGAAGACUCUCGAGGCAGCCCAUUUGUCAUCGUAGCUGAACAAUAGGGAGGUUUCGCAAGCCUUACGAAUCGCUACGAACGACGAAGUACGAAGAAUGAAAAUGCAUUUCGAUUUUUCGGCAAAUAUUUCCACGAUUCCAACUCCAACUGAUUUAGGGGUGUCGCCUAAAUGAAUAAGCACAGGACUUGAUGAGACCACAGACCUUCGAACUUCGUCGUUGUUCGCAGGUGUUGCGAAACCAGUCAUAAUCUGCCAGUGGCUAAGAAAUCAUGUACGUUUUAAUAUGCGAGUGGUAAUAUCACUAGACAGUAGCAGGGAGUAGCAUGAUAAUGUGUAUUACUUGGUAGAAAUUGACAAUAAAGUGUAUUUAUAUGUUUUGUA